GCAGCGGAUGUAGAUCAUCUAUAGCUAGAUGUGUUGUUUACUGUAGCUGUGAAUGCUAAGCUAACCAGAUGUCUGAUGUCUAGUUCUUCUGGAAAGACAGUCAAAUUGUGUGUGGUUUUAACCGAGAAGUAACAUUUAGGUGCACCCUGGUGAUAAGACAACGCAAUAGUCUUGCUGCAGUAACGUUUGAGUUACAAGAUGAUCGAGGUGGUGGCCUCCAUGGCCAGAGGCCCUGUGUUUCUAGCUGGGGAGCUCAUGGAGUGUCUCAUAACUUUCACCAACCCGAUGUCCCACCUGUCCACCUCUGCCAGCUGUGAGAUGCUGGCAUGGGCCAGUGCCCAAAUCCACUGCCAGUUUCAUGCGAGUGAGAGCAGAGUGGCGCUGCCGGCCCGGGGCAACAAACAGGAUGUCCAGGCUGAGAGCAACACAGUGCUUAUUCCAAGCAGAGGAGAGCGAGGUCAGUGUGUGCUGGACACACCACCUAAGAUAUUAUUCUGUGAUCUGCGCCUGGACCCCGGGGAGAGCAAAACCUAUUCAUACAGUGAGAUCGUGCCCAUAGAUGGUCCUCCUAGUUUCCGAGGUCAGGCGGUGAAGUACGUCUACAAACUGACCAUCGGCUGCCAGAGAGUCAACUCUCCUAUCAAGCUACUCAGAGUUCCCUUCAGAGUGCUGGUUCUGCAAGGCAUGCCGGAGCCUCCAUUUCCCCAGGAUGAGGAGGUUUCCCCCUCCAACCCGUUCCUGGAGGAAGAGGAAGCGAGCCGCAGGGAUGCUCGGCCUUUGGAGAGAGCGCUGGACAUGCUGAUGGUCAACACCUCAAGACGCUGCUCCCACAUGUUUAAUAUCACCAAUAUGCGUGGGAAAGUGGCAAAGUUCUGCAUCUUCAAGACCGUUUACAGACUCGGGGAGGACAUCAUCGGCACAUUCAACUUCUCAGAGGGAGACAUUCCCUGCCUGCAGUAUUCAGUGAGCCUUCAGAAUGAGGAGGAGAUCCAGGAGCAGUACCAGCAACGCCCCGGACAGGUCAUCAGUGUGACUGGACACGGGCGACACAUGGAGUCCUGCCUCCACACCGCCUCCAGCCACUUCUCUCUCCCCAUCCCCCUCAAUGUCACGCCGGGUUUCAGCACAGACAUAGUGAUACUGAGGUGGCGCCUCCACUUCGAAUUUGUCACCGCCCGGGAGCCCAUGGAACCGCCCACUGUUCUGCAGAACCAAUCAGAGGUCACAGUCUGGGCCGGGGCAGAGCAUGUCGACGUGGAUACCUUCAGCUGGGAUCUGCCUAUCAAAGUCCUGCCCACCAACCCGGCCUUGGCAUCCUACAUGUCCCACUUUACAGGGACCAACAGCAUUAAUAUUUGACCCGUUGUGUGUGUGAAAUUGUGAAUGUGAGAUAGUCAGAAGUGUUUCUGAGGGUAUUGACGUGUGUGUGUGUGUGUGUGUGUGUGUGUGUGUGUGUGUGUGUGUGUGUGUGUGUGUGUGUGUGUGUGUGUGUGUGUGUGUGUGUGUGUGUGUGUGUGUGUGUGUGUGUGUGUGUGUGUGUGUGUGUGUGUGUGUGACAGAGAGAGCCUGUUUUUUUUCUUUCCAGAUGUGUUAGCACAGAGGUGCACAUUUCAGGAACAAAGGAGCAUUAUUUUUGUUGUUGUUUUCAUUGUAUAUGCAGAGCCAGUGAUGGAUUCCAUAUGUAUAUUAUGCAACCUAUGUUAUGCCUUUUUCUUAUGCAUUUUGCAGUGCAUCUUAACUCCAUAUGCAUCUUUCUUUUUGGACCUCAUGACGCGCAACUAUCUCCGUGGUUGAUGUGCAUCUCUGUAUUUAUUUCAUUUUUUUAUUUCUUUACUCACUCACACACUUUGUCUUUUUAUGAAAAAAAAUG